CGAGACGCAAGGAGCCAACACCAUGGCGAAGUCCGGGGAGAAGAUCGGCGGCAGCGGGAAGAAAAGCCUGAAACGGAAAGCCGCUAGCGGAGAACUUCAGGAAGCUGCAGUGGCUGAGCAUGAGACGACAGAAAGCGGGGUCCAACCCCCGAAAAUGGCUGCCUUUCCCCCAGGCUUCAGCAUUUCGGAGAUUAAGAACAAACAGCGGCGACACUUAAUGUUCACGCGAUGGAAACAGCAGCAGAGGAAGGAAAAGUUGGCAGCCAAGAAAAGACUUAAAAAAGAGAGAGAGGCUCUUGGUGAUAAGGCUCCACCAAAGCCUAUACCCAAGACCAUUGAUAACCAACGAGUGUAUGAUGAAACCAUAGUAGACCCUAAUGAUGAAGAGGUUGCUUAUGAUGAAGCUACAGAUGAAUUUGCUUCUUACUUCAACAGGCAGACUUCUCCCAAGAUUCUCAUCACAACAUCAGAUAGGCCUCAUGGGAGAACAGUAAGACUCUGUGAACAGCUCUCCACAGUUAUACCAAACUCACAUGUUUAUUACAGAAGAGGACUGGCUCUGAAAAAAAUUAUUCCACAGUGCAUCUCAAGAGAUUUCACAGACCUGAUUGUUAUUAAUGAAGAUCGUAAAACUCCCAAUGGACUUAUUUUGAGUCACUUGCCAAAUGGUCCAACCGCUCAUUUUAAAAUGAGCAGUGUUCGUCUUCGUAAAGAAAUUAAGAGAAGAGGUAAGGACCCCACAGAACACAUACCUGAAGUAAUUCUGAAUAAUUUUACAACACGGCUGGGUCACUCAAUUGGACGUAUGGUUGCAUCUCUCUUUCCUCAUAAUCCUCAAUUUAUUGGAAGGCAGGUUGCCACAUUCCAUAAUCAGCGAGAUUAUAUCUUCUUUAGAUUUCAUAGAUACAUAUUCAAGAGUGAAAAGAAAGUGGGAAUUCAGGAACUUGGACCACGAUUUACCUUAAAAUUAAGAUCUCUUCAGAAAGGAACCUUUGAUUCUAAGUACGGAGAGUAUGAAUGGGUCCAUAAGCCCCGGGAAAUGGAUACAAGUAGAAGAAAAUUCCAUUUAUAAAGUGCUGAGGGAAUAGUAUUAGAUUUUGCUGAACAGAACUUUCUAAAUUAUUUUUAACAGAGCAGCCUUUUCAAAAUUUACUGAUUUCAUAAACCUUUCAUGUCUGGACAAAUUGCCAAAUGUUGGUAUGUUUAUGUAGCAAAUAUAAAUAAAAGUCAUUUAGGUGACAGUUUAGGUUUCCUAAAACUUAAUUCUGUUAUAUUUUGGUAAUUGUGAAUAAUUUAAGUUGGAAUCAAGAUUCAGAUUAACUUUUCCAUUUGCAUUUUCAUAGACCAUGUGGGCUGGAGAGAAAUAAAAUGCUUGGUAAAUACCAGGUAACCCUUUAUACCAGAUUAAUCUUAGAUACCUAGUGCCUGGCACAUAGUCUUAAAUUGGAGGCCAGGUUUCUGGGAUGUUUUAAUAUUCCCUUAAUCCUUUCAGAAGGGUAAAAAAAAUUUUAAGCAAAAUGUAUUACCAGGACUUGAAAAAAGUUGCAAAUUACUGAAGCUAAUAUUUAGUUCCUGGUGGGUUUUUUUGGCUCCUCUGUACCUCACUACAUAGUGCUUCAAUUCAGGCAUUGUCUCAAGUUCUGAAGUUUUUCUUGUAUCUUCCAAUGGAAUUCUUAAUUGCAGUCUUUUCUCUACUACCAUCUUUGUUAGGAGAGCCAUGUAUUAGGAAAUAACUGACUUUUAGGGGUAACUGGUAAUGCCCCUAUCCAAAGGAGUUUGAAAUAUUUAUUAAAACAAAGUUAACCCUGUAAAUGACUCACAGAUAGAAACUAUAGAACUUAACAGUCUCCUCUUGACCUUAAAAGAGUAAAAGUUUACAACUUAUCUUUAAUUCCCUAGCAGUCCUGCAAAUGUAUGGCAGUAAAGUCACAUGAGAAGAGUUAGUGGAACAAACUCAAAAACCAACCUGUUCAGGUGUUCAAAUAGACUAAUACAUAAGUGUAUUUAAGCCAAUAAGGAAGUAAAACACUUUUAUGCUAAGUAUUUUAUUGUAUGCAGCCACCAGUGUAUAUAAAACAAUUACCCUUGUGAAAUAGAAGUUCAUGAAAAUUCAGAGAGGUAGAUGUUAAGUACUGACAAAAGUAGAAGUUUGCAUAUUAUGGCACAUGUAUUGUUAUAAGGCUAAGCUUUUGUACAGGCUUCAAAUUUAGUUGUUUCUUGAAUAUUCACCAGUUCAUAAGAAGUGGUUUGAGAAACCUGAAAUGGAAAAAAAAAAAA